AUGGACUUCGCCGUCAACGCGGCGCUGUGGGUGGUUGGCAAGGCGUUGGCACCCGUCACAGACGGCCUGCUUGAGUCAUGGGCGGCCAGCGCUGGGCUGGGAGCUAACAUCGACGCCCUCAAGAUGCAGCUCCUCUACGGACAAGGGAUGCUCGACAAUGCACAGGGUAGGGACAUCCGGAGCCCUGCGCUCAAGGAGCUUCUGCAUAAGCUGCGGGAGCUGGCAUAUGGUGCCGACGACGUGCUAGAUGAGCUCGACUACUUCCGCAUCCAGAACGCGCUCGAGGGCACCUACCAUGCUGCCGAUUUGGAUGCCUAG